GGAUCUUUCUCACACAAGCAGCUGAGGAGGGAAAGCUGAGUCGCUGCUCUGGCUUGUCCCUCCGCAGGCACCGUAGCUCCUAACGCGCAUGCUCGACAAGGCCGGCCGGGAUCUUUCUCAAAAACACACAGCCGCUAAGGGAAACCCGAGUCGCUGCUCUGGCUUGUCCCUCCGCAGGCACCGUAGCCCUUAACGCGCAUGCUCGGCGAGGCCUUCUCGUACACCUGAACGCAGAGCCUCUGAGGGGAACCCAGGCUGAGGCGAAGAUGUCGGGGGUCCCCGCGGUGCGGAUCAGCAUCGAAUCCGCCUGCGAGAAGCAUGUUCAGGAGGUGGGCCUGGACGGGAGCGAGACCUACCUGCAGCCGCUCUCCAUGUCGCAGAACUUGGCCCGCCUGGCGCAGCGCAUCGACUUCAGCCAGGGCAGCUCCGGCUCCGAGGAGGACGAGCCCGCCGCGGCCGCCGGGGGAAGAGAGUGGCCCGGGGCCGCAGGAGGGGAGGACGAGGAGGAGGAAGGUAGGAGCGAGGCCUGUCCGUCGCCACCGCUAUCGUAGACUUGGGAAGGGGACCCUUGAGGGUCAGGUAGUCCAACCCCUGCCAUGCCCGAACCUGAAGCAUUAUUAUUAUUAUUAUUAUUUAUUAUCAUUUAUUGCAUUUGCAUGCCGCCCUUCCUCUGAAGAUCGAGGGGCGGUCCACCACAUUUUUAAAAAAAUUAAUUUACACCCACACACACCCCGCCUAUACUCGGGGGUCUCAGGGCAGUUCACAGAAUAAAAUCAAGAUAUAAAACCACAAAAUACAUAAUAAAAAUAAAAAACAACAACCCAAUAGGCCUCCCCCCCACAAAAAACACAUUUAAAAAGGGCAUAAAAAUACAAAGCAAGAACACAAAUUACGCGAUCAAAACGAAAACACUGAGCCGCUUUCAGGCUGCAGGUAGAGAAAUCACGUUUUUUUAAGUGUGUUCUCUCCCUUGUAGAAAUCACAGGCGAAUCCAAAUCCAGUGAAGGUGUAGCCAAGCCCCCAACACACUUCCUUCCUAGAAGGUGCUUUUACUAUUUGGUUUUAGUUGGGGAGACAAUACAAAAUGUGACCCCUCUGCCAGCAAUCUGGCUUACUUCCUUAUUUCUGCUGGAGGGGAGGGUGUUUAUGCCAACUUCUUUCUCAGAGUUGUCAGCUUGGAUAUCUUAAAAAAUAUCUGAUAGCUGUGGGCAACUGAAGAAGGCAUUCUGGGAAAGGCCUUGGUGGAUUUUGACACAUGAGGAGGCUGGGUCUCUAGGGGGAGAAAAAAACCAAGCUUCUCACCUAAUUCAAAAUGUCUGGUUUAUUUUAUGAAAUAUCUGAUACCUAAACCUGAGACACAAAAUAUCAACUGGUGGAUGGCAAACUUUUUCUGCACUGGUUUGUUUAUUAAGGAAUUUCCUACAAGGCUAAUGAAGAACUUUGGUGAGUUGCAGAGGAUUCUGGGCCAUAAACAUGCUUUUGUAUGCACUCAGUUUCUGCGUUUUGCUACUAAGGAUUCCUGGACUUCUGUGUGGCCCCUCCCCAACUCUGUGCAUCCUGGAAGAUGUUCAGUACACACCUCAGCCACAUUGAAUCACGGAUUAAUGAAGUUUUCCAAUAAUUCAUAUAAUUCAAUCCCUGGUUCAGUGGAGGAUCUACAAUACACAGGCUGCGGCUGCAGCAUCCUUGAUGGAUAGCUAUCCAGCCUCUGCUUACAUACUUGCAGGCAAAGGAGAACUUAGGCAGUCCGCUCCACUAGCAUGUAUCUCCUAAUCUAUAGGUGAAAACUGCUUUCCUGCACACUUUACCAGGAUUGAUACUCAUUUUUUUUAUUGGGAAGCUUCUAAAGCUGCCCACCCCCUCUCACUGAGUUGAACAAGGAUGGGAAAUUGCAUUAUAAAGACUCAGACCACUGGUUCAUCAAUUCUCCGGGGUUUCAGGUGGGUCUCUUCCAAGCCUUACCUGGAGCUAGUGAGAAAUUGAACAUAGGACCUUCUGCGUGCAAAGCAGAUACUCUGCCACUGACCUUUGACCCUUCACAAAUGGGAUGCAACUCCAUGGCAUGUAUCUUUCUAUCCAUAGUUAUAGCAGCACCUGUGUAAAGGAAUAGCUUGCUCGAUGAUUCCAGUAAUAGUAUAUAGACAUCCUGUGUUUUUCCUUCAUUUGUGUGCUCUAGGUUUGGUAAAGUUCCAGCCUUCGCUCUGGCCCUGGGAUUCAGUGAGGAAUAACUUGAGAAGCGCUUUGACAGAGAUGUGUGUGCUCUAUGAUGUUCUCAGCAUUGUCAAGGAUAAAAAAUUUAUGACUCUGGAUCCAGUUGUGCAAGAACCACUUACCCAAAAGCAGGUACAGCACACCUGUUCUGUUCAGACCACUAUUGAAAUAUUGGGAAAGAUGAACUGUUCCAUUUUGGUUAAACUUCAUGACUUGUUUCUGUUUGUAUUUAUUGUUAACUGUGGGCUACAUUGUCAAAUAUAAAGUAGUUUCCUUUUAAAGAGGGAAUUAGAAUUUGUCCACACCUGCUUUUAAGCUGAAAUUUGAUUUGUUGCCUAGAAGACACAAUAUAAGUUUCCUUUCUGCUUGAGGUUUUGUUUUGUUGUUUUUAUAAUGUAAAAGGAGAACCAGUGGCUCUGCAGAUGGUGGUGGACUCCCAACUCCCACUGGUACCAGCCAGCAACAUCUGGAGGGACACAGGUUGCCCCAUCCCUGGUGUCGACAGAUAAGGUCACAUUUAAAUAAAACUGCAGUUCUGUUUCCUCAUUUCUAGAAUCAAGUUUUGCAGCUGAUCUCCAAGAAGAAGUCGUUAGCUGGAGCAGCCCAAAUUCUUCUGAAGGGAGCAGAAAGGUUAUCUAAAUCGGUAGCAGAGAGCCAGGAAAAUAAGCGACAGAGAGACUUCAACUCUGAGUUACUAAGACUGAGGCAGCACUGGAAGCUGAGGAAGGUCGGGGAUAAGAUCCUUGGGGACUUGAGCUACAAAAGUGCAGGUAUGGUAGGCAAAGGAUUGGUCUAAAGUUUGCUGAGUCUAAUAAUAAUGUUUUUGAUCACCUCUUCUUCCACACAUGAUAGAGCUUUGUAUCUCCCCCUUCUGAGUUAAAGCAGGACUGCCCAAGACAUUUUGCUGCUUGAGGCAAAGAACAAGAUGGUGCCUCACCCCCUACAUUGCAUGUACAGAAACUGCCUGGAGUGGCUGUUGAAUCUUUCUUCAACAUGAGCAACAGGACAGCAUCCUCCGCUGCACUUGAAGGCAGCCGACUAGCUUGGGGGACGUGUGCAACGAUGUUCUCUAGCAGAGGGGAAUGCGGGGAGCUUGUCAAUGACGCCCCCUUCAGAUCUGCUGCCUGAGGCAGCUGACUCACUAAUAAUAGGGCUGGCCCUGCCAAGAAGCAUGGAGCGGAAGAGGAAAGUUAUAUUGGCAACUGAGGAGCUAGGUAGUAGAUAUGGUUGCCAACCCCUGUAUUGUACCAACUACUCCUUAGCUUUGAACUAUAACUAAGAUAGUGUCCAGUUCAAUUCUUGUUUCUGCCAGGAAUUUGUUAGGCAUGCCACAGUCUCAGCAUCAUCCACCACCCCCAAUCUACAAUUUGGGGAUAAUAGUACUGACCUACUUUGCAAGGUUGUUCUAAGGAUUACUGUGAAUGAGCAACACUGUACACUCUGUUUCCUUGGGAUAAUUCAAGUUACUAUUUCAGUGAAAAUGUUACUAUUUCAGUGAAAAUACUAGAAUGACAUAGGGGAAAAAAUGCAGUACUCUGAAUAUUGGUAGCUUGAGAUAGCAGUUAUUUGUUGCAUAGAGUAGUAAUAUGUUGUCUAAAAUGUUACAGAUUAUAAGUUAGCAUGUAUGUACUUCAUUUGGUCUUACUAUUGUGGUAUGAACAUUGUAAGAAAUACCAAAACAUUUAAACUAUUUUUAUUUUUAGGGUCUCUCUUUCCUCAUCACGGUACAUUUGAGGUCAUAAAAAACACAGACAUUGAUUUGGAUAAAAAGAUUCCUGAAGAUUACUGUCCAUUGGAUGUUCAAAUCCCAAGUGAUUUAGAGGGAUCUGCCUAUAUAAAGGUUUGCCCAGUUGUUGUUUUUAACGUUUUGUUAGUGUGUUCUUUGAAUACAAAAUGACCCUGUUUUCUUCUUCUUGAAUAUAGGUGUCUAUUCAGAAGCAAGCACCUGAUAUAGGGGAUCUUGGUACAGUAAAUCUGUUUAAAAGGCCACUUCUGAAAUCAAAGCCAGGUAUAGUUAUGGUCUGUAUUUGAAUGGUAUGUCUCAAAAGACUGUGUAAGCAUGAAAACUGAACAGAGCUAUUAAAAAAUAAACCUACUCUUAAAAAGCCCAAUAUCUUCACUGAUUCAAAAUACUCUGCUCAAAGAUCUAGACAUGAAAUUAAAUGUGUUAUUUUUCGCCCACCCUCACUGAGCUCUGCAUAGGUGAUAUGUAUUGUCUUCAACUUGAGUUGUAUUAAAAAAAUUCAAAUUGUGUGCACAUUUUAUCAGCCAUCUUUUUCUCAUCAUUUAGGUUGUGUAAUACUUUGACUGUCCAUAUAAAAAUAAAGCUGCUUCUCUCAACUUUACAAUGGUGUUUUUCCCUUCCUCUCCUUCAGGGGCUCUGCAUUGGCAAACAAAGCUGGAGACAGCACAGAAUGUAUUGCUAUGUAAAGAAAUCUUUGCUCAACUGUCUCGAGAAGCUGUACAAAUUAAAUCUCAGAUUCCCCACAUAGUUGUGAAGAACCAAAUAAUUUCUCAGCCAUUUCCAGGUAAGAGUUCCGAGACAAAUUAAAAUGAAGGAUCUGGCAGAUUUUUGCAUGCGUGUAGAGAGCAGAUCUCAAAAGAUGUGUCAUUUAACCCAGUACCUCUCAAUUCAUAAGACUCAGGUGCAUGGACUGAUCUAGCCAAAGCUGCCAGCGUUUUCCUGUUUCUAAUGUUUAUGUCUUAUAUUUAAGAAAUCAGCAAGUUUAUGUGUAGGACAAAUGGAGUAAAAUAUAUCUAGAUAUGUUGUAUGUGCUGCUGUGCUCUUAUAUGUUAAAACCAAGCCAUGCUUUCUCUCUGCCCCAUUUCAUUAUGUAGGCUUGCAGCUGUCCAUUUCCUUGUGUCACUCUUCAGAUGACAAGAAAUCCCAGAAAUCUGCUUCCGAUAAGCAAAGUCCAGAGGAUCAUCUUUACGUUCUAGAGCAUAAUUUGCACCAGCUGAUUAGAGAGGUAAUGUCAGCUUUCUUUGUUCUUCCUGUUAGCUCACUUAUAGAAAGCAGCUGUUGUUCUUUUAAUUGCCUGCUAAGAGGGUGUGUAAUAUUUGCAUUAAGAGCUGUGGCAUUUUCUCUAAAUGUUUUCUUUUUGUUUUUGGAAGGGUGGUAGUAUCUUGGCUAUGUUUACUUUAGGGGCUAAUUCUGGGCACCAUGGCUUCUUAAAAGCAACAACAACCACCUAGGCUGUGCUGCUUUUUCUCACAGUGCUGCCAGUUAGAUAAAACAGUCAUCACUAUCCAGCGAACAUUGUCCCACCCAGUAUCAUUGAGUGGGACUUGUAGCAGAUCUUCUUGCAAGGCCAAUUGAAGCGGGGAAUGAAAACAAAAUGAUUGCAUGGGAUAUGUGUCUUUUGAUUGCUGGAACCAGCACACAACUAACUCUUCCCUUCCUCUAUUGUGGAUUCUGUUUUCGGUAGCAGGAACUUUUAGAUUGUAAAAAAUUAAGAGCAUAUUCCAUUUGCAGAGCAGCUUCUUGAUGGGUUCCUGAGAAGCAUUUUUAUUAUCUCAGUGUGCAAGCUGGCAACUUGUGGGUCUGCCUCUAAUCAUGACAGAAUAUUGUUCCCUAUGGUUUUUAUUCCAUUAGCCCUCCUUGAUCUCCAUGUAUGGUUGAGAACUUCUCCCCAGAGUACAAUUGCAAAUGCAUUACAGGAAGAAUUAGUAUCAAAGACUUUGGGGGUGAGGAAAGGCACUGUUACUUUUGCAAUACGGAGAGAGAAGUCAUGUGAUGUGCUUGAGUAUCUACGGAGAGCUUUAUCAUAAGUGCAUGAGGAUCUAGGAAAGCAAAUGGAAUUAAAACUACAGAUCUCUGGGAAGCAAAUAUCUUUUAAGCUCUUGUGCUUCCGAGAACGAUUUCCUUUGAAGUGUCAUUAUUUGCUGAUAACCUCAAGCUCACCAGUGGGGAACCUACUAAUUCUCAUCCUUGACCAUUGGUCAUGCUGGCUGGGUGUGAUGGGAGUUGGGAAUCCAGUAACAUUUGGAGGACUGUAGGCUCCCCAGAGCUGCUCCGGGGUGACAUAGCUGAUACAGAGCAGGUGCUCCUGCAAACUAGAGAAUAGACAGAAGACAUUCAGAAACUAUAGUGGAGAGCUUUGUUCAUAGGUAAGGCAGUGAAGGAUUUCAGGACAAGUCUCUGAUUGCUAGACCUCCUGAUGAGGUUGUAUUGGGUUGUAUUUGUUUUUAUUAUGUAUUUUUUAUUUUUUAUAUUGUAAUUUUUAUGUUGAGAACUGUCCUGAGAUAUAUGGGUACAGGGUGGUUAUACCAAUUUUUAUUUUUUACAAUAUAAAAAAUACAUAAUAAAAACAAAUACAACCCAAUAAUCCCCACUAGGUCAUAUGUUCACUGCCAGGUGGAAGGGGGGAGACAAUCUCUUAAUUGUCUCCUUUACAUCAAAAAGAGAAGAACUAGGUAUUUCUCCUGAGAAAUGGCUUUCAGGAUCUGUGUCUUCUAUCCUGGCCAGUAUUCUUGAGCCUUACAAAACCCAGGAGAAAUGUUGAUUGUUACAAAAUCAUGGUGUGUUUUUUGCUUUUGUAUUUUCUCAAUAGUAAAAAAAAUGGUUUAAUCAAGUUGUGUACAGUUGUUACUCGGCAAACAGUUCUGUUUUGUUGGUCUUUGCACAGUUUCUGACUUGAGACUAGAAUUCGCUUGUUCUCUUGGCUUCAUUAUAGCAACUUUUUUUCCUCCUCAGUUUCACAAGCAGACCCUGAGCUCCACCAUGAUGCCUCACCCCGCUAGUGCACCUUUUGGCCAUAAGAGAAUGAGACUAGCGGGGCCUCAGGCUUUUGAUAAAAAUGAAAUCAAUUCCUUGCAACCAAGUGAGGGGCUGCUAGAGAAGAUUAUAAAGCAGGCAAAACACAUCUUUCUGAGACGCAGGUAUGCGGCUGCAUCUUUUGGAGAGCGCUUUGCAAGUUAAUUCGCCUGAAUGCUUCGCUUGUGCAGCAGGGAUUAUAUCCAAUAUUUUCUGUCAAUUUAUGGAAGGAAUUCUUCAGAGAAGGGGCGGGGAAUCUUUGGCCCUGCAGAUGUUGCUGAAUAACAGCUCUUGUCAGGAGAAGAUUUAGGGGAGAACGGCAGGGUGGGGGGUGUGACGAAAAACCAUCCCCCUCCUCCAUUCCUCAGAUGGAUUCUUUUCUUUUUUCUUUUGUCAUAUCAUUUUUAUUAAUUUUACAAUAAUGCUUUCCAUUACAAUCUCUCCUCUUAUAUUAUACGAUUUGGCUUUUUAGGGCCAUGACUUUCUUCAAACCUCCCUUCUGAUUUUCUGUCUUUCAUUUCAAAUUUCUGCAUUUUCACUACUUAACCAUUGCUUUCAAAUCAAAAACAUCAAAGCAUCAUAUUUUCUUAUUCUUCUGUGCAGUGAUUUUUAUACCUUUCCUUACAAAGCUUCUUGCAAUUCUACCAAUGUGUUUGAUUGACUGCAAUUGUCUUUCAAAUAAUUUACAAAUUUAGUCCAGUCCUUGAUGAACUUCUGGUCCCACUGUUCUCAGAUUCUUCCCGUCAUUUUGGCCAAUUCCACAGAUGGAUUUCUUUCAUCAGCAAACAGAGCAUUGACUACACUCCCAGAUGAUUCCUAUAGGAAGCUGUUUAUCACAGGCAGAACUUUUAAUCCGUUUCUCAUAAACAUAUUAAGUAAGACUGUCCACUGUCUGUACUGGACCACACUGGUUUUUCAGUAUGUUUAAUAUGGAGUGUUACGUAUGUGCUAUAUAGAUCAGUGCACAAUGAUGUCCAAAUGAUGGCUCUUCUGCUUGGGAGAGCCUUGCUGGUCGAUGGCCAGACUGAUGUUCCAGGGACAAGAUGGAAUGAAAAUUGAAAAGGAGUGGAGUUGAUUCGGGAAAGGGGCUCAGUUCAGGAGAGAAUGCAACGAGUAGUGGGUAGCAUUUCAAUUAUGUUGGGUGGUCCAGAUAUCUCUUCAGGGAAAUCUAGACUUAGCCAGUGCGCUUUAGUGGUUAGAAUGUCAGACUGCACCCAGGCAGACCCAGCUUCAGAUCGCCACACAAGCUGACUGGGGACUAGGAAAAGCUUGUCAGGCUGACUUAACUUGCAGGGUUGUUGUGAAGAUAUAAUGGCUGGGAAGAGAAACACCAUCCUGAGCCCCUUGGGGAAAAGGUUAGGAUAAAAAUAGAAUAAAAAACAAAGUGAGGGAGCAAACCUAAUAUGUUUUACCUGCAAGGUAAUGUUACUUCUGGACGCGAGUGGCGCUGUGGGUUAAACCACAGAGCCUAGGACUUGCCGAUCAGAAGGUCGGCGGUUCGAAUCCCCGCGAUGGGGUGAGCUGCCGUUGCUCGGCCCCUGCUCCUGCCAACCUAGCAGUUCGAAAGCACCUCAAAAUGCAAGUAGAUAAAUAGGUACCACUCUGGCGGGAAGGUAAACGGCGUUUCCAUGCGCUGCACUGGUUCACCAGAAGUGGCUUAGUCAUGCUGGCCACAUGACCCGGAAGCUGUACGCCGGCUCCCUUGGCCAAUAAAGUGAGAUAAGCGCCGCAACCCCAGAGUCAGCCACGACUGGACCUAAUGGUCAGGGGUCCCUUUACCUUUUAAUGUUACUUCAGGAAAGCUGAUUGCAGAAAAGCCCACUUCUUUUUUCUUUCUUUUUUUCAGUGUAUGUAUGUUUUACUGGUGGUUAUUUCUGUCUUCCUUCCAAUGCUCUGAGUCUUUUUCCUACAUUUAUUGUCUUGUUUUGCAAGACGUGCAGCUUCAACCAAUCAAUGUGCUGAAUAAUAUAUGCCUCCUAGUGUCUUCAGGAAUACCUAUAAAACAUUGAUGUGCAACGUAAGGUUCGCUUAAAGUUAGGCAUCAUAGUCUCGGUAGCAUUUGAGAUGUGUCAGGCUUUAAAUAUUAUCAAUAUCAAUUUAUGUUUAUGGGCAUUGAUGUCUAAUUUGAUCAGGCAGAGCUUAUUAUUUUUCCUCACCAGUAUAAAAAUGCAGUGCCUCCAAGUCUUCUGGGAUCUUGUUCUUUUUGUUUUCAGAACUGCUCGAACCAUCGACAGUCUUGCCAGCCGUAUUGAGGAUCCACAAAUUCAGGCGCACUGGUCAAACAUCAAUGAUGUCUAUGAAUCAAGUGUCAAAGUCCUGAUCACCUCUCAAGGUUAUGAGCAGAUAUGCAAGUGAGUGUGAAAGGCGGGGAAAUGUUUGCACCUUGCUCCUUUGGUGGAGGAGAUAUUUGGAUGUCUCUGUAAAUACCCAGCUGGGGAGGUCAUUCCCCAAUACCCAGAACUUAGAGGCUCAAAUGCCUUUUUGAAAAAGGGAGUGCUAAGCGUGAACUAUUCCCAUUGGUGUUUGCAAUGCAUAUUUGUUGAACUGAAAGAUCAUUUCCCUAUUCACAAUAGUACUCUACUUCACUCUGCUUUUAAGGAUUGCUGCUGUUGAAGGAUUGGUUUUUAACUGUGGUGCAGUGCUAUGCUUUUGACUUUCUCAGGCAAUGGAGGUAACCCCUGUUCCUCCACCCUGAAACUCCAGUUGUGCUCAUAUCUUAUUGCUUUCAAAGGUCCAUUCAGCUGCAACUAAAUAUUGGCGUUGAGCAGAUCCGAGUAGUGCAUAGAGACGGAAGAGUAAUUACGCUAUCCCACCAAGAACAAGAGUUACAAGAUUUUCUUCUCUCUCAGGUAAAAACCAGGAAUCUUGCCUUUCUGUGGUGGGCGUGUGAUUGCAGCAGGACCUUGGAUGCCUUCUUUUUUAAAAUGGAAUUCUUGGGAUUGCAGAUGUAGAUUUAAUACAGUUGUAGGCGUUUGAAGUUCUCAUGCUGCAUCUGCAAAAUAUUGCGCUAGUGGCAAAUAGCAAGAACAGGGAAAUGAUGUCUGUGACUAGGGACCUGUUUUCAGUCCAAAGUUCGCAGUCCGAACUUGUUGAGCCAGCUUGAUUCUACCAGUAGUAUGCUUAGAAAGUAUAAGGGGGGGACCCCCUGAUCAUUAGGUCCAGUCGUGGCCGACUCUGGGGUUGCGGCGCUCAUCUCGCUUUAUUGGCCGAGGGAGCCGACAUACAGCUUCUGGGUCAUGUGGCCAGCAUGACUAAGCCGCUUCUGGCGAACCAGAGCAGCGCACGGAAACACCCGUUUACCUUCCCGCCGGAGUGGUACCUAUUUAUCUACUUGCACUUUGACGUGCUUUCAAACUGCUAGGUUGGCAGGAGCAGGGACCGAGCAACGGGAGCUCACCCCAUCGUGGGGAUUCGAACUGCCGACCUUCUGAUCGGCAAGUCCUAGGCUUAACCCACAGUGCCACCCGCAUCCCUUUUAGAAAGUACACUUUUCUGUUAAAUUAUUAUUUUGCCUUGGGAGCCUCCAGCUGAGUCAGGAUGGCUUGCUCAUAAUCACAGACAACCAAAAAGUGCAGUACUGUGUCACUUGACAUCUCUGAAUGUCUUUCACUCCUGUUUGGUACCAGAGCUUCUGCACUGGUGACUCUUGAGUGUGGAAACUGCUGUAGAUUAAAUGCAGAUGUGUAUUUAUCUUACAGUAGCUAAUGAAAUAGCUGCUCUGUGUUUUGAGAGAGUAAUGAGAGAGAAUGUGGCAGGAGGCAGGGGCUAAGGAGGGGAAACGCAACUGAAAUAUCCACCCAUUCAUUUUUUUAAAUUUUAUUUCAGAUGUCACAGCAUCAAGUGCAUGCAGUCCAGCAGUUAGCCAAAGUUAUGGGAUGGCAUGUGCUCAGUUUUGGUAAUCACGUGGGUCUAGGCCCAGUGGAGAGCAUUGGCAAUGCGUCAGCCAUAACUGUGGCGUCACCAAAUGGAGACUAUUCUAUUUCAGGUACUGCACUGGGAAUUAAAACUUGCUGAGAACCUAUAUGCUGCAUGCAUGUGAGCUAAAAAGAAAGAAAUUGCAGGUAAAGGAACCAUUACAGUAAAUACAGCAUUGUUACACUGCAGUUUUUUAAAAAAACAAAAAACCGCAACCCACUCAGAUUGGAAAGUCAAAAAUGGCACAGUAUGACUUAAUGAGGACUUGUGUGGUUCCUAAGAAUUGUUGAAGACACAAUCACCAGACUGAUAUUUUUUAUUUGGUUUCAUUUUAUGUAUUAUUUGCAUAUUUUAACAGAUGGGUUAUGUCACCACGGGAACCUUUGGGUUAAAGGGUGGUUUACAAUUUUAGUUUAAAAACUUUACAAAAUGUUGCAUAGUUAAUGCUGUUGUGUUGCUGCGCUUGUUUUCUGCAGUACGCAAUGGUCCAGAAAGCGGCAGCAAGAUUAUGGUUCAGUUCCCACGCUCCCAGUGCAAAGACCUCCCCAAAAGUGACGUGCUUCAAGACAGCAAAUGGAACAACCUUCGUGGCCCAUUCAAAGAGGUUCAGUGGAACAAAAUGGAAGGACGCAACUUUGUGUACAAAAUGGAACUCCUCAUGGCGGCCCUGACACCCUGCUCCUAGGCUUUGCGAUGAAACAAAAAGGACUAUUGUUUUGGCACAAAAGGGAAUGACUCUCUUACACUCCUGAUAGUUGCCAAGUUGCAUAACCUGUGAAACGCCAUUAAUUUCAUUUUUCUCCUCCCCCCAGAAUAAUAUCAAAAGUCUUCCUUUCUGGAAGCAACUUCUCCUGCCAUUUCUGAAUAUUGAAUUAAACUGUGCCGUUGUCUUGCCCGAGUCCCAAGUUCUUGAUGUUUGUAAAAUGGAACUCAGCUUUGCUCCCAUCUUUACAAAGGGGUUACCUGGACUGCUUCCGUAGAAAAUGUGGUUAUGCCCAGCUUAGCAAGGGCAGCCCAGAACGGGCUGAAACAUUUCUAUACAUUUAGAGGAGGUCUUUGCCAUAGUAGUAGUUACUUCUGCAGUGCUCAUAUCUGCAUCUGUGACUCUUGAUAACUGCUGAAUAUAGACUUAGAUUUGAUUUUUACACACCACCUGUGAAGGCAAAAGAAUGCAAAGUGGAAGAAAACCUUUACAAGCUCUUAUUGAUCCCACCUUGAAUUCAGGAGCAAGUGCCACUAAAUUCCGAGGGGAUCUGAGGAGGUGGGGGUUAGAUCGGAUGGGCUCUGUGUGAUGUCUCGGUCCUAAAACCAAUGAAAAUGUAUGUUCAGGUAAUAACUCUUUAUUAAUGAUGAUCAAAACACUUAACAAGGCAACUUAUUUGUCAGUUUUAUUCCUGAAACAUUCACCAACAGCCACAGCUAAAGACAGUUGUAAGCGCCACUGAGUUUAACCAUUCUAUUGGAAUGCUAUUGUCAUUCCAAAGACAUACAAGCACAGGGAAUUAAAUGUAAAAUAUCAAUGCAAGCUUGUGGCAUAGUGUCUGCAGUACUGUAUUUAGAAGUUAGAAAGCCAUAUUAAAAUCCCCACUGAGCCAUAUCACUCUUAGCCUGACCUACCUCACUAGGUGGUUGUGAGGACAAAAUGAGAUGAUCCUCAUCUACACCAUCUUGAGUGCCAGAGAAAAGAGGAGGGAUAGAAAUAGGUAAAUGGGAUGCUCAUCUUGUCAUCUAACAUCAAAAAGUCAAUGAGAGAACUUGAACUUCAGCAUACUUAUAAUGUUGGUUUAGUCUUUAAAUUAAUCACCCAAUCAUUGGUAACCGUUUUUGAUGUGAGUUGCCCACUACUACUUUAAUAUGUUUUUAAAAUGUAAUAAGUUAAUAAACAGUUGCACCUUCUU